AUGGAGGUCAACUUGGAUGGAGUGAUAAAACAGGUCUGCCGAACCUUGAAGCAGUGGUCCUUAGAGGGGCCGCCUCAGAAUCCUCGCAAGGCUGCAGGUGACCUAGCAACACUUUUGGAGGACGCCCGACGGUCCUCUGAGGAGCAGCCUACAAACUCCGAACUGGACCCAAGGUCUGAUGAGGUGCGAAAAGAAUUGGAACGCAAGCUUCAGCAGGAAGAAAAGGAAAAGGAGCAGCUGGAGGCCAAACUCAAAGAGCUUCAACAAGCCAUGACGGAACGGGCGCAUUCGCUGGCCUGUGCCAGCCGCGUGCGUGCUGUUGACUGUGGGGCGGAAAGGCUUCGGCAGGAACAGGAAGACCGAGGACGAAUCCAGCAAGAGGCGCGGCAGUUGCAGCAGCAGCUUGACCAAGCCAAACGAGAACUUGCAGAGUCACAAAAGGUACAGUCAGAGCAGAAGCAACAGGCGCAUUCGCUGGCCUGUGCCAGCCGCGUGCGUGCUGUUGACUGUGGGGCGGAAAGGCUUCGGCAGGAACAGGAAGACCGAGCACGAAUCCAGCAAGAGGCGCGGCAGUUGCAGCAGCAGCUUGACCAAGCCAAACGAGAACUUGCAGAGUCACAAAAGGUACAGUCAGAGCAGAAGCAACAGGCCUCGCAGCUCAAUGAACAGCUACGCGAGCGUCAACGGGAGCUGAUCAAAGAGCAAGAACUUCGCUCGAAAGCAGAGGAGAAAGUGCGUGAAUAUCGCCUAGCUGAUCGUCGAGCGAAUGCAGCAGCGACAGAGAUAGGGCGGACCAUCAGUCCCCGCGUUUGGACAAAGCCUACGCGUGUGGCAGUUGCAAAUGCAGGUAACGCUGCGAACACGGGCAACGCAGCACCCACAACUGCACCGAACCCUAAAGUGGCUGAUGCACGGCAAACUACACCUGCGAAGCAGCGGCCCGUGCCUGCUCGGAUGGUCGAAAAUCAGCAGACCAGUCUGCAGACAUCUCCAGGAAAGAUGCUGAAAGACAAGAAUCUCUUGGAGAUCCUUCCAGUGAGGGCACCCUUCCUUGACCGCACCAACAAUGAGCCAGAGAAGGAUUCACAGCAGCCAUCUGCUGAUGUGAGUCACAUGAGCCCCACGAAAAUCAUCACUCCCAGAGACGGGCUGCUUACUCCAGAUCGGUGGGCAAUCAACCGAAGCCCGUUGGCAGAUCGCAUGGAGGUCCGGCUGGGCAACGCAGACAUAAAAAUGCGCAGUCCUUCACGGACCUUUCUGUACAACGGGACUCAGGUCAGGACCGUGCUGAAAAGGGUGCCCACAGAUUUCAAGGUUCGCUUGCAAAGGAAGCAGGAGUUUGGCUCCACAUUCGCAACGGGUGGGAAGCACGUCACCUUCGCUGAAGAGGAGAAGACUGCAUGUUCACCCCCAAGGUGGUACUUGGAUAUGCUGGAGUACGAGCAAGCAUGCAAGCUGGCAGAGGAGCCCAAAGCUCGUGGACGUUCUUUGACGCCUCCAAUGCGACGCCGCCCAGAGGCUGCGCGCGAGGCACGAGAGACACCCCGAGAGGAAACAGGUUCUUUACCUCGCUGGCGGUAGCAGGAACAGGCUGUGCUGAGCUUCAAUGCUAAAUGAGUGCAAGGAUUGCUUUAAUCAUCAUCAAAAUUGAUGACCCAAUUGGAAAAAUCCAUAAAAGUCCAAAUUCAGUGAUGCGCUGCCUCUAGACUCUCUAGACUUCGUGGCAAGCCACUUUGUGGCCAGUCCUUGACAAGGAAGCUUUUCUUCACACCUGAAGGACAGGUUUGCCACUCACGGAGAUAUGGCAACGCGCCCACACUGGUGUCUGAUGAAUUUGCAGCGUAAUUCAGAGCGUCAAAA